CCAUACCUUUACCUUUUCUUUCUUUUCCCCCCACAACAGGAUUCCUCACAGAAUGGCACCUCAACAAAAAGCAAAAAGAAGCAACGCCCGCCCCCGCAACCAAGGCAAAACACGGCCGUGUACGUCACUGGUCUUCCGUCGGACGCGACAGUCGAAGAAGUGGCCGAGUUGUUUUCGCGAAAGUGCGGGGUUAUUGCCGAGGAGAUUGACUCGGGGAGGCCGAGGAUCAAGAUGUACACGGACGGGGAGGGAAAGUUUAAGGGGGACGCGCUGGUGGUUUUUUUCAAGCCGCAGAGCGUGGAGAUGGCGAUUAUGUUGCUAGAUGACACGGAUUUUCGAUUUGGGGAGGGGGGAACGAAAAUGAGGGUUCAGGCGGCGGAUAUGAGUUAUACGGUCCUAAGGCAAUAUAUCAGCAUUACGAGCAAAAAACUC